AUGGCUCCUAAAAUACCUGGAGUUAUUCCUAAAGAAUACUCGGAGGAAAAAGCUACACGGAAGGAAAAAUACAAAUUAAUGAAACCGAUUAUCGAGAAGAAACGCCGCGAUCGUAUAAACAGCAGCAUCGGUCAACUCAAGGCUUUACUGGGCGAAGAGUUUCAGAAUGGAGAGCCCAAUAUCAAAAUGGAGAAAGCUGACAUCCUCGAGAUGACCGUGAAUUACCUGAAACUUCACAGUCAACAGAUAUUCACAGUGACCUACAACAAGAGUCUAGCUCAGAAUUUCAAGGAAGGAUACUCACGCUGUCUGCAAGAGAUACAGCGUUUUACGUUCGUGCCGGAAAGCAAAACCGAAGUUCAGAAUAAACUCGUGAAGCAUUUACACGAAGCUUAUCAUCUUCCCAUGAGCUCGAGUUACUCUGCUUCACUUAUGCAACCCCCGACGUAUCAAGUAGGCACGAAAAAGGAAGGUAAACCCAACAUUACGGCACUCUGGAGACCCUGGUAA